AAUUUGUGUAUUUGCUAUUCUAUCUCCUGUUUUCGUUAUUGAAAUAUUUUCCAUCCACAUUUGCAAAAUGUUUUAUUACUCAAAAUUAAUGUUUUUUCAAUGUUGGUAGUGAUUUCCUAACGUACAAGUCAUUAUCAGCUGAUUUGGUUCGGCGACCCCCUUUGGGUAAGGGGUUGUCGCUAUACAAAGAACAAAGUGGUAAACAACGAUUUCUGGUCGGAGGAGCGGAGUGACGAUGCAACCCGGAAUAGGUAAUUCCGUCGUAAACGUAUCAAAUGCCUAAAAGGUGUCCAUCGCACAGAAAUGGCAGCACUCUUCGCUUCCGCCGGACCCGUGGCGAUCCGAAGUGUUUCCAACAAUCUGCGGCUUGUGGGACGUUACCGGAGUAGCAGUAACAUCAGCGCGAUCGAUUCGUUUAUCAGUGACCUGGUGGAUAACAAGAAACUAAAGUGGAAAGUACUCAACAGUCGACAUCGAAAUGGCCAAGCAAAAACCGUGGAAGAGCUACCAAAGGAAAGCACGUCGACCGGAGCUCCUGCGACGGUGCCACGGACUUCAUUUAACUUGAGCGGACUCUUCGCCGAGCUUACGCAAAAUCCAUUGGUGGUCAAUAUUAGCUCGAUGGAUGUACCGCAGGUGGAUCAUCUUAUUGAGACGGCACUGGCGGAACAAAACGACGGAGACGUGAAGCUACUGCUUGAACAAAUUGUCCUGUACCGGAAGAUUCCUUCAGCUCCGGUGGUGGACAAAGUCUUGCGCCAUGUAGCCGUAUUGGCGGAUACGGAUAAGCUAGCAAGUUUAAUUGAUCUCUUUUCGAGCCGUUCCGGUGGCAAGGAUGCGAAUGCUAAACCCGUACAGCAAUUUGACCACUACAAAGCAUUGUGCCUGUGGAAGGCAGGCAAUACUCUAAAAUCCUUGGAAUCGUUUCGGGAAAUAGCAAAACACAGCAGGCCCGAAGAUCUAUUCCUGGUGGAUCAAAUCCUCCGAGAACUUAUCGAUGAAACGAUCGGCAAGAAAAGCGAAGCCGUUUUACUAGCAGUGAUGGGGCUGUGUGAGUACUGCCUAACGGAUCUACGUCACGAAUUUCCCAUCUGUUACGUAUGGGAGAAAAGCUUUCACAGCUCCUGGCACAGCGAUCAAGAGGCAGCGCGGACUUUGUUCGAUCGGCAUGCUAAUCUAAGGACGGCCAUCAGUAAAAGACUUAGCAACCUUUGUUAUAAGCUGCUAUACGAUAACAACGUGGAAAAAGUCUACCAACUGAUGGAACACUUUCUGAAGCACAACAUGAAACCGGAAUGUACUCACAUACUUAUUCGUUUGUUCGAUUAUCAGUAUUGGAGGAAAAACCUGAGAGGAUGCUCUGAAAUUAUGCAAAAUGCCGUGGAUCUCGACAUAGUUCUGCCGGAGCUGUAUAAUCGUCGAUUACUGGAGCUACUGCUGGGUCGUGCUUCGUUGGAUCCGUCCGUUACCGGGUCUUCGAAAAAGUCGAUUGUACCGAAAACAAGAAAAUACGAACUGAAGUUUUAGACAUAACGAACGUAACAUUGCUUUGGUUCGACGUCGGUAAGCUACGGUUUAGCUACCUCGUUAGUCUGUUAUGUAUGUUAAUGAUGUGUUUGAAGAAGUUUCAAAUAGAGUAGAAUACAAACCAAAUCAUCUCAAUUCCUUU